CUGAUUGGCUGAAGAGGAACCGAUGGACAACUGGAGGCAGGAUGGUCUGAACGCACCUGUGCGCCGCUGUGACGCGGAAACGUUUCCCCUGGUGUAAAAGAUGAAGAUGAGGAGUGAAGAAAGGAAACAGCUCCUGAUGAAAAGUGACAUCUCAGUCCAGGUGAAGAGGGGCGGAGUCACAGAGACUAUCCGAGGAGCUCUGAGCAGACCGGCGGGACGCCAUCGACUCAGCGGCAGGAGGAAGCUCAGAGCUCACCUGGUGGAGGUGGGGCAGAGGAUGGUGGCGUUUGUAUCCGGGCUGCUGAUCGCGUCUCUGUACGGACUCAUGACUCUCUUCCUGCAGAAACAGCCGCUGUGGUUCUGCGCCCACACCACGCUGUGCUUGGCUGGUCUGGCAGCGUUCGGUAUGGGGCUGUCGGUCAGCGUCAGGGCCAGCAUCAUGGUCAUGCUGCCCUCCAUGUGCUCAGGUCAUGGCAGGAACUUCCUUCUCCUCAUGUUCGUGUCGCUGCUCGUGUCCGGUCCGCUCAGCAACACGUUGGAGAACACCGAGCGAGCCGCCUCCAGCCUGCUGUGUGGAGCUGAGCUGGCAGCCAAUCAAACGCAGGAACUGAUGCAGAAAGCAGCCACGCCCCUCUUCUCCGUGUUGGACCACAUCAGGGAGAUCAGCAGAAACGCGUACGCCGUCGCAGGAAGAGUCCAGAACUUCAUCUACGCUAUGACAGACAGCAUCCGCCAUGUUGCUCGCGCGCUGAGGAAUGUCCUACGCUUCCUGGCCGAUAUCGGGGACAUCUGUAACGAAAAGAUGGGAACUCCGUACAGGAAGUGCCGGUCACUGUUUGAGGAAGCUCGAAGCGACUGCUCUGAGCUGCUGGGCGACUUCAACUUCCUGUGCAACAUCGUGGACGGCUUCCUGCCGCUCUGCAACCUGGCCCGCGCUGGCGAGUUCUUCUGCAUCGUCCCUUCCUACAUCGCCGACCACCUGAAGAAACGUCUCGCGGCUCCUGUCAUUGCAGUGUUUCAGAAGAUGAAGCGUGAGUUUGAGUUCAACAUCUCCGCCUCACUGGACUUUGACCUGGAUGCCAACAGCAGCCAGUCUCUGCACCAGAUGUCUCAGAGCAUCAUGUCGGAGAUUUCAUCGGAACUUCAAGUGUUUCAGAAGCUGAGUGGACCGCUGGCGUACAUCGGCCUCGUCCUGCUCGCCUGCUCCUUCCUCAGGGCAGUGCAGUACAGACACAGGUACCUCCACAAUAUUGAAUUUGAUAACAACUACAUCACUGCUCAGUUUAAAGACCUUGACCAAAGGGUGACCUCAGUAGGCGGAGCCUCUGUGUUUCCAAUCACGCGCAGAGAGGCCAAGACCUACAUCACACCACUGUCAUUUCAGCUGACGUACAGAGAGCAGCAGGCGGUGAUGGCGGGCUUGGUUUCGGUCUUCAGGCACCUGAUCGUAGGCAGCCUGCUGGUGGCGCUGGACUUCCUGGUGUUCUGGAUUCUGGAUCAGGUGCACCACCAGGUGACGGAGGACAUCGUGGCCAGAGUUCCGGUCACGGUGGCGGUCCAGGUGAACGGGUCGGGUUACGCCUCAGACAUCUACAGAGACGUGGUGGCCUCGUUCAACAUCCUGCAGCGGGGAAACAUCACCGUGAUCAGCAAGAAGUGCCUGCUGGAGCCGUCGGAACCAAACUACAACACGUGUUUCAUCCUCGGCUUCCUGUUGGGUUUGGCUCUGCUUGUGUCUCUGACCAGCGGAUUCAUGCAGCGCUGCAGACGCCUCAUCUGUGCUUCAUAUCACCCUGAGAGAGAGCAGGAGAGGAUCCGGUUCCUCCGCCAGCAGAUCCUGGAUCAGAGGAGGGGGGUGCGCAGAGCCCUGAGGAGGUCUGUGGGCAGGAGCACAACCGACCCGGGAGGAGGAGGAGGACGUCUCCAUGCUCUGCUGAUACGGUUACCUGGAGGAGGUCGCCUGUCUCACCUGCUGGGCUUGUCGACACCUGCCUGCUGUCUGGUCUGUGGAGAGGUGCUGCGCCUGCCUGACCUGAGCGCAGUCAUCUGUGAUGCCCCGCACUGUUCAGGCGUGUACUGUCGGCCGUGCUUCCAGAGUUUGGGGAGCACGUGUGUCAUCUGCGUACGACCUCUGACCUUCCAGGAAGACAGCGAGGAGGAGCUAGACUCCACUGAUGACGAGCGGCCCAGUUUGUCGUCGACCCGCCAGACAAACGCGCAGAUAAAGAGGAGGAUCCCCACAGCGAGGCAGCAAAGUCCGAGUGGCCGCUCAGGAAGGGAAGCAGAACGAGGAGAGCGCCCCAGCAGUGAUGACAGUGUUUACCUGGACUCUGAACUCAGUGAAGCAGACCUGAUGUACCAGGACCAACCCGGGUCAGGCGAGUCCGACAGCGACCACUCCUUUAACUCUGCUCUCUCAGAGCACGAGUCCCUCGUCUCAGUCGUCAUUCACCGACCCGACCGUGCUCAACACCUCCAGGACCUUCCACAACCAUCGGGUUCUCUCUGGGCUCCGUCUCCCGGACCAUGAAGCUCAGCCAGAUGUUCCACUUUGUGAUUAAAGCUAAUAAAGCAAAUUUACGCAUGAAAUACCUGAUAACAAAA